GCCUAAUUGGCAACACUCCUGGUAUCUAUAGGGCCAAAUGACAUUAAUUAAUAAGCAAGGUGCAUCUUUGCUAGAGGGCUCGUACAUGAUAUAAAAACUUUAUGUGGUUUAUGGUGUCAUCAUCAACUCUCUGUAGCUUUGCAAUACAACAGAUCUCAAUUCAGUAUGAUGAAGUUAGUGUGCCUAGUAGUCCUUGUGACAGUCACCCUUGCCCAUCCAAGCCGUCGCUAUGGUUACGCAACCCGUUACUACAGCAAUGUAGGAUACACUGGAUACGGUAACGCCUACCAGAACAGAGAAUAUGUGCCAUACGGAAAUGGCUACCCAUACGCCAAUGUUGGACCCAACAAAGCUGUCGUCAAAUCCCCAUCCGGACUGCUCAUUGGAGACAAUGGUGGCUAUGUCAGCGCCCAAUACGAGAAGGUCGUAGGACCCAACGAUGCUGCUAUCAGAGGAGAUACUGAUGGAGACAGAGAUCUUGUUGUUGGAGACAACGGCGGUUACAUCAGCGAGGCAUAUGAUAAAGUAGUAGGACCCAACGAUGCCGUUGUCCGUCCAGAGAUCAUCCGUGGAGACAACGGAGCUUACAUUGAUGUGGUAAACGGACGUGUUGUCGGAAACAAUGGCCGAGUUGCUGGAUACGCUUAUGGAUAUUAAAUGUGCAAUAAUCUAUUGUUUGAAAUAUAUAAUUGAU